GACUUUUUUUCUGCUAUAUUCAUCUCGAAUAAAAAUUUUUAAAAUACGUUUGAAAUAUAAACUUAAAAAGGUGUGGUGUUGUGGUGUGUAUGUACAUGAUAUAUUUCGGACAAUACGCUAUAGUUGAUGCAGUUUUCGUAGAUGCACUGACCGUCACCAUUUAAAAUAUUUAUUAUUAUUUUUAAGUAUUCUUCAAACUCAUUUACAUAUAUACGUAUUAAUCAUGAGUCUCAUGCUACCAAUGUAUAAGGAAAUCAUCAUUGCACUCGAGGAAUAAUUUUUCAUUCCAUUUUUGUUUAUUUACUAUUUUCUACAAUUGCCGUCUUCAAGUAAGAAUUGAUUUCGAAAGAACAUUGACCAAAUCCAUUAUCCAAAGACACGAAAUUACCAAUAUUUUAGAACAAAACGUCAAGUGUCAAUUGUGAAACCUUAACCUACAAAUACUACCUGUAAAGUGUUAUUGUAUAGUGAUUUACCUGCUCACUUGGUCUCAGUUUAUUUUUACAUCUUAACCCGUGACUGUGGAUUAGAGUGCUAUUAGUACAUUAGUAAUUUAUUUAUUAUAAACUGUAUCAAGUGAUUGUUAAGAUGAUCAGAAAGUCGUAGAGGACUUGCGGCAGCGACGAUGUUUCUUUGAUGAUAUCAUAGAAAGUCGUUGUUGCACGCAUCUCCGUAUCUGAAGUUUUAUCAAGCUGGCGAAGUUUUACGUUGGUCUCAAUCGCGAGAUGAAGUGUAACGAGAAAAAUAUGAUUGCCUUUGCUACUUCUCCUUCAUCGGUUGAUCGCGAGGGUUGGCUCAACAAACGUGGUGAAAUUAAUCGCACAUACCAAAGACGCUGGUUUGUUUUAAAAGGUAACAUCUUGUUCUAUUUCGACAAACGAGGUGACAAAGAACCUCUUGGCAUGAUAGUACUUGAAGGGUACACUAUUGAUUUGGCUGACGAAGAUGAGCAGUUUGGUUUCAAGAUUGUCUUCCAUGGAGCGAACAACCGAAGUUACAUCCUUGCUGCUGAGUCACAGGAAUCAAUGGAACAAUGGAUGAAAGCUUUAGCAUGUGCUAGCUAUGAUUAUGUGAAAACUAUGGUUGCUGAAUUACAAAGACAACUAGAUGCAGUUGAACAAGAGCCUGCAGUAACAGCACCUGUCGAGUUACCCAAACCUCCUCCAAGACAAAGACACAAUCCAUUUAACAGAUCAGAAUCGCACCAUAGAUCUCAAAGUGUUAGAUCAGCACCUGGUAGAACAGAAAAUUUACCCAGAACAAAAGUGUCCUUUCGAGAAAUACAUACUAUGUAUGGCAGAAAAAUUUUAUCAGACCUCAACAAGUGGAGGCAUACAAAAAGAAAUGCAGAUGCACCUUUAAUAAUACUAUAGUCAUAAGAUCUGUAAAUACUCACAAGACUACAAAUGUACGAAUAAAUUAUACAUAAAGUUAUUUUUUUAAAAACUCAGUCCACCGCACAAAUUUUCAUUCAAUGACAUCUUCAUGUACAAUAUUUGUUAUUUAACUCUUUAAAAUAUACAAAUGUGGGAUUUGAGUAGUCCUAUUCAUGAACAGCUGAUUCUUAAAGUAUUAAAUAAAUGUUAUGGUUCAAAACAAA